CGCCCGGGCCGGGCGACUACGCUGACGGCGCUGCCGCAUCGACGCUCUCCAAGCGUCUCGAUGCCGCAGACCGGACGCAGGCCGACCGACAAGCGGCGUGCCGCGCUCCUCGCGUGGCGAAAGACAUCAACGCCGGGCCCGGGCGCGUACCGCAACGCCGCGCCGUCGACGCUCAAGCCGUCGUCAACCGGCGUCUCCAUCCCGCGAUCGGCGCUCUCGUCGCAUGCAGCCUUUGACUGGGCCAAGUUUGGAUGAUGUGGACCUGCGGCUAGUGCUGCAAUCAGCGCCCGUCCGCACAAGAUCCGCCCUCUCCCGCACUUUGUCCCCAUCGAACGAACAGCUGAAGUUGCGGAAGGAAAGAGUCUAGACCGAGCGCGGGUCCCGGCAGGCAGCCGGAACUACAGGCUCGCCUUGAUUGUCCGCAUCACUGUCAACCGUCCUCUUCCCGCACGCCGAUCUGCGGCAAACCAUUCAAAGCAGAACCCUUACCUG